AUGAGCAUUCACACUUCAUUUGAUCCAUCUCUAGUCGAUGACAAUGACAUCAAGAUACAAGAAGUAGAAGUAUUAAAGUCAAUCUACUAUGAAGAUUUCAUUAAAGAGGAUGAUGACCUUUACAGAAUUAGAAUAAAGGUUGAAGUACCUGAUCAUUUUGAAAUUCGAAUUAAACGUCAACAACAUCAAGAAGAGGAAGUGGCGGAACAAUCAACUAGUACCACUACUACUUUAACAACUGACCCAAUUAAUUCUUCCUCCUCUUCUUCUUCUUCUUCCUCUUGUCAAGAUGAAUGUUAUCCAAUUAUUUGUUUACCAAAUGUUACACUUGGAUUCGAGUAUCCAAAAGACUAUCCAUCAUCUCCUCCCACUUUGAUGAUAUCUUGUUGUUGGUUAUCAUUAGAAGAAAUGAAUCAAGUAUUGGAAUAUUUAAAUACUUCUCUAUGGGAAGAGGGAGAAUCAGUUAUAUUUAGAUACAUUGAAUGGAUAAAGAGUAGCAUGGUAUCAUUUAUAGCAAAAGAGAGACAACAAAAUGUUGAUUGUUGUAUUUAUUUAUCCAAUGUACCAAUCGAUUUUGGUUCACCUCUUAACGAGUUUGUAUCGUGGGAUCAUCAAGAAGGUUGGACAUCACCUACCUCUUCGCUUCCUCUAUUGUUGGCUCACAAUACACACGAGUCAAAGAGGGUAUUUGCACAAGAACCUCAUUGUUGUCCUAUUUGCUACAUUGAUGAUGAUGGUACAAAGUUCGAACUCUUUAAAUGUGGACAUUUUAUUUGCAAGGCGUGUCUUUGUCACAUGCUAACUGUCAACAUUGACUCUGGAUCAAUCAAUUCUAUCAAAUGUACUGAACCUUGUUGUGGAGCAGCUAUUGAACAACAUUUAGUCUCAAAAUACGUAUCCCAAGAACACAUGGAACGUUACAAUGGUCAAAUGAAAAAGACUCAAGGUUUUGUCGCAUGUACAAGAUGUAAAGGUUGGGCUAAAGUUGAUCCAAAUACAAGAUCUACAUUUUGUGGUACAUGUUAUUAUUCAAUGUGUAUGUUGUGUACAAAAACAUGGCAUCCCGGAGUAACAUGUAAUUAUGAAGCAAUUCAAAGUGAUAGAUCAACCGAUGUGGCACAGCGACCAAGACCAUGUCCAGGAUGCUCAGUUUUGAUUUGGAAGUUUGAUGGUUGCAACAAAGUUCAUUGUGUCAUGUGUGACAAGUUGUUUUGUUGGUUAUGUCUCCAAGUGAUUAGUGGUUACGAACAUUUUGAAACCACUUGUAUCUUGUUUGAAAUUCCAGGUCAACGACCUAGGUUUGUUCAAACAAGACACGAUGGAAAUGUUACAGGCAUUUGUCCUUGCUCCAGGUGCGGUGCCAAAGUCUAUCAAUACAGCCAAAACAAUCAUGUCCUUUGUUUCCAAUGUAAAGGAGCAAUAUUUGCAGUAAAAGAAUUGUUACCUUUUUCACAACAAGAUAGUACCAUAGGUUCUGUUCAUGGUUUUAUGGAAAGACCAACAAUCUUGGGUAAGAUUGAACUCUAG